UUUAUUAAGAAACUGCAGGAUUGCUUCAGAAUGCCUUUUGCAAUAACUAAGUUUCCACCCAUUCUUUGCCGAAAUUUAGAUACCCAAAUACUUGAUUUUUGUGGAAAUUUGAGCGAUUUUUAAAUUUCAGUAAUGGAUAACACUGAACAAAAUUAUUAACUUGAUGUGUCCGACGGAAUAUUUAAUUAGGAGUUGAGGAUUUAUCGUUGCGCUGCUUAGGCAUUGUACAUUUUCGCGGGAAAUCAAUGAUGUUUUGCUUUGCGCGCGAAUUCAAACGUAUCAGCUGAGAAAUGUGAUCGGUCGAUAAAUUCUCAUAAUAAUUUACGAAAUAAAACCAUAUUUUUCAUAAUUUGAAAAAUUUUAAUUAAAAUAAAAAUUAUUUUGGAGUGUAAAGUGGACUCCUAUUUCCGGUUGUGACAAGAAAAACCAAGGGCAAAACUAUGAAUCAUCUGGUUGACGUAAAUGGUAAAAGGCGCUGUUCCCAGGUGGUGGAAUUUAGAAUCACGAAUCGCAAUGACCGCGUUCCUUCUUUAUUCGUAUCGUAGCGUCGUGCGUCGUAUAUCACAAAAGGUUGUGGGUAUAUUUCGUAUGUUUGUAUGUUUGUAAACUCAAACGAACUUGGAAAUCGCGCGAAUUCUAUGAAUACGCAAAGGUUUUUUUUCAUCAUUUUUUGGUAAUACGUAGUGGAGAUUUACUGGAUUAAAAAGCUUUCCAUGCAAUUCUGAGCAUGGCGAGUGACGGAGAGGACAGUGGGAGACAAAAGGAUGCUCUCAUGCAGUCUUACAUUCAAGGAGUCAAGAGGUAAAGAUGCUGUCCUGUUUUUUUAGCCGCUGAAUUAUUUAAAAAAAAAUAAAACAAGAAAACGAAAAAAAUGUAAGAUUCUAUGAUUGAUAACGAGUCUAGCAUGGGUUCUUUAUUUUCGCACGGCAGGACUGCCCAGCAGGAUAACCGAGACCCUGGGGUCGGUUUUAAUCUACCGAGGGAGGUUAUCCAGCGGAGGGAGAAUGUGUGGAAUAAUUUUUUUGACAAAUAUAAUAAUAAGGUACCGAAUGACGUCGUACUGAAUAUGUUAACGAUGGAGCCUGUGGAAAGUGUGUCGAAUGAGAACAACAAUGAAGAGGAAGAGGGGGAUGAUGAGGACAAUGAUGAAGACGAUGAUGAAGACAACGAUGAGGACAAUAAGGAAUAUUAUUCCAAGUGUAGGGCUCCGAUACGCAAGCUUCCAGCGCUCAUACAAUAUUGGGUAGACACCGGGAAUCCUCCGUAUCAGUUGACAGGAGAUGAGAAUCAUUCCGACACAGGGUCGUCAUUGAGCGAGGGUGAAUAUUCGAGAUCAAAUCAGUCUGCAGCGUUGCGAAAGUCCAUAGAAGAACCCAAAUUCGACGAGAAUUCGCCGUACAGUUCGGUCGAUACAGCCGCAUAUGUGUUGUCGAAUACAAACGUAACGGAAAAGGCAAAAACCCAAGAAAUCGUUGAAGGUGCUAAAAAAUCAAACGAACAUUUGUGUCCCAAGGUUGCGGCACCGACCCAAGAAGAUCGCAAUGCAUCCAAGGUUGCUGACGAAGCUUCGAAAUUGAAUGAAAAUCGUUCCAGUAAUGAAAUUUUGAAAACUCCACAGAAAAGCGCCCCGUUAAAUUGCAUGAUAAGUCCUGGCGGCAGUGUUAUGCUCUGUGAAGUACUUCCGGCGCUACAGCAAUUCGAUGAUCUUCUGGAAAAGUCAGAACAACUGAAAAAGCCGAGUUCAACGUUUUCGAUGGUUCGUCGAACAAGAAAACCCCCCACCGCUAAAAGCACACUUGAAACAAAUUUGAAAAGCCUCUUUGAGUCACAGCCCAAAGAAAAAUCUAGCGAAUCCUUUAACGAUUCCAAAGGAACUGCAAAUUUCAGGAAACUCUACAAAGGAAGAGAUUCUCCUUGCGAUCUGAUAAUGCUAGAAAAUACGAGCAAACUUUCAACAUCAAGGCCAGUUUUGCAUCCAGCCCUAGAACCCGUUACUACGACCGCAACUCUACCCCUCGUUUAUCGUGCUCGAACAAGGAGAAAAAGAAAAAAACCGUCAUUACCAUCAUCUGCCACAUUAUCGGAUGUUGUGCUGCGCCAGGGUGUACCUAACAGCUCGCAAGAGAGCCCCGAACUCGUUCAAGAUGACAAAAACAAUAAUAACGACAUCGAGAAAGAAGGACAUGAAAGAUACUCCGAGUUUUUUGAAUCUCUAGGACUAACUCCGAAAACAUCCUUGAUUGAUAAAGAAGAUAACAAAAUCGUAAGACGACGGUACACGAGAAGAAACUAUCGACAGUUAAUGGGCACUAAAACAGGCUGUACAACUUCGCAAACUACGUCUCCAGAAUCUCUAGAAUCGAUAGAAAAGACAUGCGGCUCGAGCGAGAAACGCGAACGUUCGGCAGUAAUCGCUUCUAAUUCUAUCGAAAAAUUGAGGGAAAAUUUAGGAAAGAAAAUUUUGACUGUACGAAUAACGAGGCUGCCUGAUCAAGUUUUGGCUCGUUAUCAACAACAAAAAAGCAAAUCAUCUCUCAGGUUCAACGACGUAUCGCAUCACGAUAAUUCCAACAUCGAAGUUCUUACGACUGUGACUAAUGACAGUGAUUCCAGCACUAUUCUCAUUUAUUCCUGCGGCCAUGAUAAUGUCGAUCCAUCUUACGAGAGCGACUAUUCGACGAAAAUGUUAAGCCUCUCGUCGCGCUCUGUAGAAAAAGCCAUUGAAAAUGGAGGGAAAAAUGAAAAAUCGAAGUUGCCGGCUGAUCGAACUUUCGCCACGGACCCUGCGGAGCCUUUAUUCGUUGAGUCUUCUUCAAAAAUAUCAGACAAACUGAAGAAUGAUGAACCGCGCGAUCUCGUUGUUACGUUCCCAAAAUUGCCUUCAAAUCAGGGAGCAAACGUUACGCGAACGGAAGAGCAAUACAAAAAUAAACCGCGAGAUUUGAGGGUGAAAAAUUUGAACUUAACGACAUCGACGACCGUGUCGAGCGUUCAACCAGAAUCGCAGGAUUCGAAGGCCAAAAAUUUGACGAAAUCUCUGUCACGUCCUUCAAUUCAGAUGGAAAAUGGGAUUGGGGGCGGCGAACUCGAUUCUCGGGGAUGUAAAAAGUCAAGAAAAUUGGAAAAUCUCGAUCGAGACGAAAGUGAUCGAUUUUCUUUUGGUUUCAGUAUCAAAACUACCUCGGAACCUGAUGAAGAUUGUUUGAAUAGUCUCAUACGAGAAAAAUCUUUGGAACCGCACAAAAACAGGAAGAAAAGUAAAAAUUCAAGAACCGUAACAAAACGGGAAAUGAGGAAUGGAGAAAUGAACGGUGGGCCGGAAACUAACGCGAAGAAUGCUCACAAACCUCAUUCGCGGAUCGUGAUAUCAUCUGACGAGGAAGAAGACCAUCCGGUCACGUUUUCACGGACACUGAGAUCGAUAAGGAGUCCGAAAAAAAUCGAUACAAAGCUCACAGCUUCGAAACGCUCGAAAAACACACGAAAAGUAAUCGACGAGGUUGUAAACGAUUUAAACGGUGAGAAAGUCUCAGACGGAUCAGGAAAUUCCAAUAAAUCUGGAGACGGCGAAGUGACGAGUCCGUCGACGAAAAACAGGGAGAACAGUGAUCCCAGAAGAUCUAAAAGAAAAAGAUUAGCGACGACUUGGUUGAACGAAGCAGUCGAGUCGAAAAAUCCAUCAGGAGAAUCGAGCGAUGGUCUCAAAACAGUUGAAUCUCUAAAGAACAACAAAUUCGGAAAUUUGACGGACAUCAACUCGAACUUUCGUCAAGAAAAGAGAAAACGUCUCGAAAACGAGGUGCCUCGAGACGUUAAAAAAUCGAAAACAACGCAUGCACUCAAGUUUUGCACGCGUCUCAGUUCCGAUUCGGACUCUAAUUUUGGUUUCGAGUCAGAAAAAUCUGUCGCUGCUGAUGAUAAAUCUGUGAGAGCUCAGUCGACUGGACCAAAAGUCAGUUAUUCAGAAAAAACCUUGAAAAAACGGAAAAAUGUGAAGGAAAGUGAGAAAAAAUCGUUGCACCUUCCCGACGAGAAAUCCCCUAAUACUGCGAGCAAAGAUUUAAGAGAAAAAACGAGAAUUCCGCCUGUCCGAAGUAAAACCAACGCAAGAAUCCGAGCGAGAGAAACAGCGACGAAAAAAGUGCGAAGAACGAGAAUUCUCGGGACUGCGAUUCGGGAAGAAAGUGACGACGACGAUAGCAAAUACGUGAAAACUCUUGCGAACAAGUCUACCAAGUCUAAGUUAACGAUAAACGAGAAAGCUUGCGUGCAUCCAAAAGACGCGAACGUCGACAGCCCUGCGCCCGAAAAACUUCAAGAUUAUUUGCGAACUUUUUCCCCUGAUAUUUUGGACAAUUCUAUUUUGGAAAUUGACAACAUAUUCAAAGCGAACGGUCAUUAUCAGAAUAGAAACAGCGAUGAAAUCUCAACGAAACUUGUCAAACCGAUUGUUAAUAAAAAUUUGAUAAAUACGCGAAAAUCUACGAGAACUUUUCGGACCAAGUUGACCAGUGAUUCUGAGAAUAACGACGAUUUAUAAAGACCGUAAAAAGUCGUGCUUCUUGACGCUGCACGUUGCCAACAUUUCAUCUUCGAACCGACGUUGAAUCUUCGUCUUAUUUUUUUAAGAAAAUAGUGAAAUUAAUUAUCGUAGCAAUCAACCAGGUGAUUUAGGUCUUUCAAUUUACAGUGUGUUAACAAUAACAGCAAAAUAUCGGUGUGAUAGUCCACGCCGUUGUAAUCAAGGAUUUUUAUUUUUUGCACAUGAUGUUUUUUUUUUCCAGAAUCUAUCGUAUUCAUAACUUUGAAGCUAGCAGCGUUUGAGAGCAGCCAAACAUAAAUUUCUACUUUACUGAAUUUUUUCACUGGACUCAUUCGUGGGCUUGAAAGAUCGAGAAUUUUCUAUACCUCGAAACUGAAGAUGGAUGUUGGAGAGAAAAACAAAUCUGGCUGCGUUUGAACGCUGCUGAAACUUCGGUACCAAUUUUAUACAAUAAUUCCUAGUUGUCAAAUAACUCGUUAAGAAACACUAGUUGAAGGGGUUUCUGAAUUGACACUCUUGCUCACUUUCGUGGAUGAGCCUUCGGUUUUUCGAAUGCGAAUAGUUUAAUAAUCAAAAGUAAAAACACCGAAAAACUGAGGCAUCCGGGGUCAUACAUAUGCAUAGAUUACGAAUGAAAAUCUAUGUAGGAAAAAAGGAAUGAAAAGUGAAGAAGAAAUAUAUACGAAGAAGGUGACGAGCCUCUACGAAAAUACGAGAAAAAAAAACGAUUUUUUUACGAAUAUUAUAACUCGGUUCUUCCAAAUAUUUAUCUGUAAGUUUGAUUACAAUUGUAUAUAUGAAAAGUAUAUAAACAUUAUUAAAUUGUAUCAUCAGUCAUGUCAAAAAUCAACAGCAAAAGCCAUGGUUUAUGUAAAUAAUAAAACAGCACAAAUAUUUUUUAAAAAAUUUCGAGUUUAUCGGGAGAAAGUGUGAUUUAUAGAUGUCUUGUUUAAUUGCUCAGCAGUUGACACGACUUUGCGUAUGACGAUUGUAAAAAAAUUUUGCACGAAGAAAAGAAAUGACUUCACCUCGUGGCUGUGCCUAUAACGUGGUGACGAUUCAGAAAUAAAUGGUUUGGCUGAGAAACGUAA